AUGAAACGCUUAUUUCGUCCAUCCGUAAUAUUAUUAAGUGGAUUGAAGGAAUGUCAGGGCCCCGCUAUCUUGAUAUUCAAUUAUGCAAGAUUCAUGGAAUCCGAUUUUAAAUCGCUUAUGCAAAUUCGCGUUGGUGGAAAACAAGAUAACGAUACAAAGAUUGGGAAACAUGAAUUAGGUUUUAAUUCAUGCUAUCAUUUUACCGAUGUUCCGGAUUUCAUUAGCGGAGAUUUUAUUGCGUUUUUGGAUCCUCAAGAGAAAUACUUAAACAAACGUGGUACUAUUGGUUCUCUUCCAAGGAAUGGUAUAUCAGAAUUCACUGAACAAGAUCAAUUGAUCAGAUCCUCGAAUUAUUCACCAAAAUUAAAUCGAGAAUUCACUCACAAUUUUUGUUUCUUCGAAGUCGAGACUGUUGAAAUUUCCAAAUAUCUGAAGCUACGUACAACAGUCGUUGGAGCCCAACGCGAUCCUGAAGAUCCUCAGCUAAUGCAAUAUGCGCGGCAAUAUCGAUUACGCUUAUUGGGCUGCGUUGCAGAACAACACUUGAAAAUCCAAAAGACUUUAAUGUCAAACAUCUCCGGAAAAACUCUUGGGCUGAAAUAUUUAAACAUUAAAUGGUUCGAAGAAGAAUCUUUAAAGGAGGAUAUUACUUUAAACCGCGAACUAGGUGAAGAGGAAUGUGUUGAUCUAAGGCUUGCCAAGUAUUCUACUAUGUCAAAGAAAUAA